AUGGAACCCAGACUGGACUCCUCACGUCCUUGGAACCAGAAAAACCUUACUGGCCACUUUAACUUUUCUAUUGAGGCUUCUGGUGGCAGUGACAUAGCGGUGACCUCUGUGUUGGGGGUCGUUCUUGCUGUUAUGUGCCUUGUCGGGAUGAGCGGGAACACUUACACACUGGUGGUCAUGAACAUGUCUAUGAAAUUCACUGGAUCUAUGUACAUCUACAUAGUUAACCUGGCACUGGCCGAUCUGCUCUAUUUGGCCACCAUACCAUUUGUGGUCUGCACCUACUUUGGGAAGAACUGGUAUUUUGGAGACAUUGGUUGUCGGAUCCUGUUCAGUCUAGAUCUGUUGACCAUGCAUGCCAGUAUCUUCAUCCUCACCAUUAUGAGCACUGAGAGGUACCUGGCUGUGGUGAGACCACUAGACACAAUCAGCAGGUCCCGGUACUACAGAAGGACUAUUACCUGCCUGGUCUGGCUGGUGUCAUUCCUGCUUGCUCUACCAACUAUGAUCCUAAUAGAUCUCAGGACCAGCGUGCAUAAUGGCAUCACCAAACAAAUGUGCCACCCCACCUGGCAACUGGAAGCCUACAAGAUCUAUCUGACCAUCCUGUUCCACACCUGCAUCCUAGCACCAGGCUUAGUCAUCUGCUACCUUUAUUUCAAGAUGGCUAAAACCUAUUGGAAAUCCCAAAGCAGCAUCUUCAGCAACAAAGAGGUAAAGAGGUGUCCAAAGCAGAAGGUCCUCUAUAUGAUCUUCAGCAUUGUCCUCACCUACUGGGCUUGUUUCAUCCCAUUCUGGGUCUGGCAGCUGCUCAGUAUUUAUUGCCAGGCUGUAGAAACGCAGAACUCCUCUGUAUAUGUCAACUUUGUGGUGACAUGUUUGGCUUAUAGCAACAGCUGCAUUAACCCCUUCUUGUACACCCUGCUUUCAAAAAAUUACAAGGAGUACCUACGGAGCAGGCACAAGGUUGGCACAACUCAACCAAAGAAAAGGGCCCUGGUGAGAACCUCAUCCCGAAAGUCAGUGACCUCUGCUAGUCACCUCUACACAGAAACGGUGGUCCUGGCUCAGUUAAAGGGGCCGUUAGAAGAAUCAAGUCAUGUGUGA